AUGCUCGCCGCCAAGGACCGGACCAGCCGAAUAUUUUUGGCCUCUUUGUGUGAAAUAUUGUCAAUUCUUUUGGGUUUUCACUUAAUUCUUUUGGGUUUUCAUUAUUUUUACAAUUAUUUUCAAAGUUUAAAAACUCUAAUUCAGUGUAUCAAACUUUUUUUUAAAAAAAAAAAAUCAAAUUCCUUCAAAUCAAGACACCCAGGUGGAGAUUUGUCCGUACAAAGGCCUGAGAUUGCAGACUCCGAUAUGAGCGAUUCGAAGAGUUUUCAGGAACAGGAUGGUUCUGUGGUUUUGAAUUCGGAGAACGAAGGAACCCGAGAAUUUUCCUGUGCUGAAACGAUGGGGGUGGAUGAUGGGUCGGUUUCAACGGGGAAGAAGUUUUCGGAGCGGAGCAAGGAGCUGGGCGACUAUGGUGGCGACCACUCGCUGUUGGUGAUCGCCGUUCAUGCUGUUUUUUUGGAGUCCGGCUUCGUUGGAUUCGAUUCCGUCUCGGGCAUGCGGGUCGACCGGUUUCACCUUGCGGACGAGUGGCCUUCGAACGCGUUCUCGGUCUCGCUCUGGUAUACUCUGCCUGAGCUUCUAGGACAUGGCUAUUGUAAUUUUGGUAAUGUGGUUGAAAGUGUUUUUUUGAAGUUUCAGAGUUUAGGGCACUUCGUCAUUAUCUAUGGGUCUUUGGCUAAGGGCGGCGGGUCGGGGUUGCAUCGGGUGUGUUUGAAUGAGAAUAGGUUUGUGCCGGCGAUCAGUUUAGCUAAUAAUAGUGACUCGGUUGAUAGCAUUAACGAAGAAGAUGGGUACCCAGAAAGUGAGAUUUUUGAGUUUUGGAAGAUGGUGAAGGAUGGGCUUGUAUUGCCACUUUUGAUUGAUCUUUGUGAAAAGACUGGUCUCGCCCCUCCACCGUGCUUUAUGCGCCUCCCCGCGGAGCUUCAACUUAAGAUUUUGGAAUCUCUUCACGGUGUCGAUCUCGCAAUGGUGGGAUGCGUGUGUUCCGAAUUGAGGUAUUUGUCUUCACGUGAUGAGUUGUGGAAACGGAAAUUUGAUGAGGAGUUUGGACGAGCGAAGGGAGCGCAGGGAUUUGAUCAAUGGAAGGCUAGGUUUGCUUCGUUUUGGGGGAGAAGCAAGAAGAGGAAGAAGGAAAAACUUGGCCGGUAUAGAGUUGAAAGGCUUUUUCUCAUCCAGGAGGAUCCAUUUAGCGCUCCUAUGGUGGGCGGAGAUCAUGACCGGAUGCCGGGUCUUGCCGUAGCUUCUCCUUUCAGAACAUCCAGAGGGGUUCAGCGGCUUCGACUGCCGCGGCUGAACUUAACGCCCCAUUGUCGUCUAGGAGGAUCCAAUGUCUAGUGGUCCGGUGCUGCAACUGAACCCUGGAAUUUAACCAAAAGUCUUUUUUAUGUAUAUAAAUAAGUCUCACGUUUGACAUACCAAUAGAAUGAGGGGUCACAGGAGGACAGUUGAAUGCUUUGAAAGUUCCUGCUGGUUUUGACGUUUAUAGGGAGGAGCUCAGAUAGCCACCAGGGUAACAGAAGCUCGAUAUGGUGUCAAACUUGGCCCAUCCUUCCUUGUGCCAUUCAAUUGGACAGGGUUCCUGGGAGUGAUGAAUAACUAUGAAUCUUUGCUUCCAAAUAAGAGAGCUUUUUUGAUAUUCCAGUGGCACGCACGGCUAUUGCAUGUUUGACAUCUCUUGUGCACGCAUGGCUAUUGUAGCUGAUGGCAGCUUCAAUGGAGUCGACAAUGCUUUGUAAGUUUUCUAAAGUGCCUUUCCUUUCUGAAAGGGAAUAGAAGGCAUAUCAAAAAGAAAGAGAAUAGAGGACAUAUUGUAUUAUGCACAAGCAAUAUUUGCAGCUCUGCUUUCUUUUGUGAUAUAACAUGGAUAUGGCUGUAGAAUUAGUUGGUAGUGGUUCUAACUUGUUAGUAUUAUACCUUGCUUACAUUAAUUGGGUGCCAACAAUGGAGUUGUCAAAAGAAGUUUCACAUAUGA